AUGAUUUCUACUCACCCUAAAAAUGCAACUCAGCAUCCUGGUGACAUUGUGAAACAAGCUACAAAAAAACGACACACAAAGAAAGAGAUUGCAGCGGACAACGAGUGGAUCAAAGAAGCGCAGGAAGAACAACAGUUAGCCACCCAAAAUGGCAUUAAUCGUGUUGCAGAAGUGGAGGCAUCAAUGGAGAUGGAGCAGGCAGUAGUGAUAGUAAAGGUGAUAUUUGUAAAGCUUUGUUUAAGGCUAGUUAAACAGAAGCUAUGUAUUGCUGAAGACGCCCCUUCAAUGAACUGCAGCACGUUAGGAACUCAGACAAGUUUCCAGUCUAAAGGUGACCAUACCUUGAAAAGCACCGCUGAUAAUAUGGGCACAGAUGGUGAUUGUGAGCUCGAGAUGAAGUCUGAGGCAAAGCUCAAGAGGAAGAAGAAAGAGAAUCUUUUGUUAUGUGAUGCUGUCAGUGCUACAAUGUUGAAGAAGCAGAACAAGAACUUGGAUCGGCCUGAUGAUCUGAUGGAGGUUGACAAGCCUAGGAGACCCAUUGAUGGCAAGGCACAUGGCCUUGACAAGAAAGGAAAAAAUAUUGAAAGUAAGAAAUUCAGCCUGUCAGGACAGAUCAACAAUUGGCAUGAUAAAGUGGAACCUCACUCAAAGAGGAAAUUCUCAAAGGCCGCCUCUGCCAGGAGUGGGAGGAGCAUUCCUUGCUCAACGACAGAUUUGAGACUUACCAGUGUAACAUCAGCAACGACUUUCUCACAGGCAAUGGAACCCCCAUCUACACCAUCCAAAACUUCAAAGUCUCUACUCAAAGUCACCUGCUCUGACGACAACAACAAUGAUGAGGACAAGGAUGAGAGUGAUUCUGAAGAGCAUGCAGCCACUGUCGCAGAGAAGGGAAAAGGAAAGGCUGCAAUGAAGACUGUUAUCGAAAUUGAUAGUGGUACCGAUAUUGAAUUGCCCGAAGCUCCAAUCGCAGGAAAUGGAAAAAAAACAAAACUGCCACCAGUACAAAGUCUCCAGGACUCUGAUGCCGAUGAUGCUGUUUUGAGCCUGCCACUAACUGGUACUCCCUUUGCCGACUUGCCCUAUGACAGGCAAUUAGAGAUCGUUAGCUUUGCCUUAGAACAGGCACCACAUACCAGCAAGAGGAAAAUUGAGGAAGUUGCAGGUGAGUUGGGCCUUCAAGUCAAAGAUGACUCGGUCGAUUAUUCGGUGGAUGAAGAUGAUAUGAUGGAGUUUGAAGAUGACACUACAGAGUUCAGAGACACUAUGGAACUUGACAGUGAGUUCAAAAAUGCUUCUCUCAUUGCCAAGAAGGUGAAGGGAACUGUGGAUCACACUACUACAGCAACAAGUGCAACAGCCGUUAAGAAACCAUUGGUCCUGCAGCCAGCCAAGAAGGCUAAAUCGGAGCCAGCUAAUACCCAAACUUUGACAACAACAAAGGUACUGCACCUGGCCAAAAAGGUCAAAUCAGAGCCCACUUCCAAAACCUCGACAACACCAGCUGUUCCCACUGUGCCAGAGUCAAUGCUUGCAGAUAUGGCAAUCAAACCAGUGGCAGGCAAUGACCAGUGGCAAAACACAGACCUCCCACCUAUGCUAACAGAAAACGGGCUUUGGCAUAGGCAAUUUGUUCCGACGGUUCUCCUUUGGGCAGGUAGCCAGCUGAAGUUUUGGACGAUUGAGGCUGCUGAUUUGCUAGGCCCUAUCAUGGACAUGAUCACUCAGCGCUUAUGUACCUGGCACAGCAACUUUGGUUCCACUGCUAUUGCAUUGAUUGCUAAUUUUUUGGCAUCCUUGAGGGAAAGUGAGGAUGAAGACGAAGACAAGAAUGAGAAUGAGAAUGAGAAUGAGAACACUGACAGGAGAGAGAAAUUCAUGACACAGAUGGCAGCCUCCCUCCUCAAGGGCUUUACCUUUCUAUUUGCUGUAAAGAGUAGAUCUGGGCUGGGCUCUACAGAAUGUGAGUCCCUAGUCCUGAGAGAUGCAAGUAUGCUUCGUCCCAAGAAACAACCUAAAGAACUACCUUGA